GUUUUAAACGUUGGCGCCUGUUAGCCUGAUCAACAUUUAUUCAUCACUUUCUGCAUCAACUAGACCAAUAAAAAUAUCAGAAAUGAAUCACUGUGAGCUUGAAGAAGUAACACAACAUAUUAACAACAAAAUUUCCAUGAUCAAAAGACUCCUGGAGCUUCGAGCUGUUGCAAAAGAUCCAGACAAACGUGGGACUCUUCUCAAAAUUGGGCAAGAAGUCAGUGCCAUCGAUGAGCUUCUUGAUCGCUUUGAAAGAUAUGUGGGCCAGCAAAGAGACUUGCUGAAGCAUUUGAAGGAUCUAGAAGGUUUUUUCCUGGAGGAUGAACAGGAUGCCUAUCACCUUAAGGACAACACCCCUCCGCACAUGCCAAAAAGAGGCCAACAAGCAGCUCCACAAGGAGGAGGACAGGUGGCAGUUCAGAGCAGGCAGACAGAUGCACCAGCCGCCCCUCAGGAACAGGGGCCGCCCAGGAAAACUCAGCGUAACCAGAUCAAAGAGAUGGAGUUCAUUACCGUCCCUGAGUUUGACAGCAUACCACCGUACAUGAAAGGGCGUGUAACAUAUGAUCAGCUGAAUGCAGCAGUACAAAGCAUCAACACAGCCGUGGCCUCAAAAUAUAAGAUCCUCCAUCAACCAGUCAAGACCCUAAACAACGUGUCCCGCUCGCUCCAGCAGCUCUUUAAAGAUCAAGAAACAAAAGACACUAAAGGUCAGUUUUUCGUCGUGGAGCAAGACAUCAAAGAGUUUGCCCAGCUGAAGGUGGACAAGCGGUUUGUGGGCAUGUUGAACAUGUUACGCCACUGCCAGCGCCUGAAGGAGGUCCGAGGCGGUGGUCUUACACGAUUCAUCUUGUUAUAAAGACGCCCACAUCUCUGAAUUUAAAAAGGCACUAUGGACUAAAGGAUACAUGCUGAGCUGUUUUAAGUGCAAUGAACAUCAAUGUCCAUUUCACCAAGAACAGAACAGUUAUAUUGGUGGCGUUUCUGCUCCUUAAUCCUGACAGAGAAAUGUAUUCAUGUGUAAAAUAUGCUUGUAACAGAAAUAACACAAUAGUAACACAUGGGAUAUUUAAAAUAUAAAAAUAAGUUGUAAAGGUUUCAGAAUUCAUGUUUGAUGUAUAAUUUUGUAUGUUGUGGAACAAAACCUCAUUAUUUCGCUGAACAAACUUCUUUCCAAUUAGUGUCAACAACAGACUUGAUUUACUCAUAAAUCCAAAAGCGCUGUUCUGAAAACCCAUUACUAAUUCCCAGCGGUGCCCCAUUAUGAAUUAGCAUUCUGGAUUUGGCUGACAAAUUGACAUUGUGAAUUAACAGCCAGGUCACUUUUAUCUGUGAUGAAAUGAUCAAUUGAUUGUGGUGUUAUUUAUAUUGGUGAAGAGUGAGGAAAUGUUGGAGCUUUAAUAAAAAUGCCUUGUUUUUGUAACCUCA